AUGCCAAGAAAUGGUUCAUCAAAAGAAAAAAUGCUACAACUCGAACAUUUAAAAGUUAAGGAUCAAAUAUUUUCUGUUCACAAACCUCACAGACAAGUAAAAUUGAUCCGACUACUUAAUAUUCCAUCAUCUAUCUCAAAUGACGUUAUUCGUGAUGUUGUAUCAAAAUGGAAGGGUACGAUUGUCACUGUAGAAUGUGAGUGUCUUCCACGACCUUUUUCAUCAAUUAAAACAUUUGUUCGACGAAUACGUAUGAAAUUUGAGUCACCAAAUGACGAACACAAUAUUCCGAUAUCCUUUAAAUUGUUUGGUAUCGUACAUCAUUCAACACCAAUAUCAAGUGAUGAACUUCCAUCAACACCUACCGUUGUUGGUAUACGUGAUGCUGAUGACUUUGAAAGUCCACAACUAUCAGCAACACAAGAAUGUAUUGCAACUGUGACUGCUUUACCUCCAUGUGAUCAAGAAGAACAACCAGAUGUUGAACAACAACCCGCUGUUCAUCAAGAACUAGAUGUACAACAACAACCAAAUAUACAACAACAACCAGGCGUUCAACAACAAUCAGAAGGUCAGCAAGAACUGGAUGAUGCACGGCAAAUUAUGUUAGGCCAAGACAAUAUUCAUCCGAAUGAUAAAGCAUCUAAUAUGAUUAAUCAAGCCCCGAGCAUUAAUUUUAUAGAAGCAUAUCAAAUGUAUAAGGAUGGUCAAAAUGUGUUAAAACGACCCCGCCAUGAUGAGAAUAAUAUAACAAUAAAUGAGUCAAAAAAGC